CAGUGAUGUUCAGGGCAUCCACGGAGCUUGAACCACAUAACAUCCCCGAACACAUCCCUCAUAUUUACCCGAAGAGCAAUCCGUGCGUUUGGUCACGGCUUACAGCAAAGGAUAUUCGAUCUAUUUACACAUUCUCUCUAUAAUGUCUAGAUUUCACACGUUCCAGGAGCGUUAAAUAUAUUUCAAAAUACGACGUUUUUACCGCACUUUCAUGUUUUUUUUAAUUUAUUUUUUAUUGUUGUUGUCAUGGAACAAAGAAGAGGAAACGCGCGGAGGGUGCGACGUUUUUGCUUCGCGCUUUUAUUUGCCUUAAGCGAAUUAUUGAGCGGAGGUUUUGCACAGCUCAGAUACUCUAUAUCCGAGGAGGUUCAAGACGGAACUUUUGUCGGAAAUAUUGCUAAGGAUCUGGGACUGGAUAAGACCGUGCUGAAAGACAGGGGAUAUCGCAUUGUGGCCGGCUCAACCGAGCCCCUGUUUCAGGUAAACGAAAACGACGGCAUCCUUUAUGUGAAAAGGAAAAUCGACAGAGAAGAGGCGUGCGAGCGGAUCAGUCCUUGCUUAAUCAAUCUAAAAACGGUGCUAGAAAACCCCCUUGAGAUCCACUACGUGUCAGUGGAAAUCCUCGAUGUGAACGAUCACUCGCCCGUUUUUCCAGAGAAGGAGAAAAGGAUUGAAAUUUCCGAGUCGGCUCUACCGGGGGCCAGGUUUCAGCUGCAGGCAGCCCGCGAUCCUGAUGUGGGCCAGUUCACCAUUCAGCAGUACAAGAUCAGCCAUAACGAGCAUUUCAGGAUAGAAGUCAAAGACCGAGGCGAGGAUCGUAAGGUGCCAUUUUUAGUCCUGCAGAAGCAGCUGGACAGAGAAAUGGCUGGUAGACACAAGCUGCGUCUAACCGCGGUGGAUGGAGGCAAGCCAGCCAAGUCUGGAGAUGUUGAAAUUAUAGUGGAGGUUCUUGAUGUUAAUGACAAUUCUCCGGUGUUCACCAAAGAGACUUAUUCUACUACAAUUGAUGAAAACAUUCCGACUGGUACUGUAGUAAUUCAAGUGAAUGCUACGGAUUUGGAUCAGGGUGCUAACAGUGAAAUUAUAUAUUCAUUUGGCAACGAAGUAGACUCAAAGUUAAAGGAGCUUUUUAGUAUAGAUGAAAACACAGGUGAAAUUAAAGUGACAGGUCAGAUAGAUUAUGAGAAAAGCAAAGUUUAUGAAAUUGACAUUCAGGCUUCUGAUAAGGGACCAGUUCCUCUUACAAGAGACAAAAGUGUUAUGAUAAGUGUCGCUGAUGUCAACGACAAUCCACCUGAAAUAGAAGUGACGUCAUUUUCUAGCUUAAUAAGGGAAGAUUCAAAGAUAGGAACUACAGUCGCUCUUAUCAGUGUAAAGGAUUUGGACUCAGGGAUAAACGGUAAAGUAAUCUGCACAAUCAAAGAAGAAGUCCCUUUUUCUUUAACUCCAUCCCUACAAGAAAAUAUGUAUGCAGUUGUGACAAAGUCACAUCUUGAUAGAGAAUUUAUUCCUCAAUAUGAAUUUACCAUUAGCGCAAAAGAUGCUGGUGACCCACCAUUUUUAACUGAGAAGACUAUGAGAGUCGCUGUAUCUGAUGUAAAUGACAACGUGCCGGAUUUUUUAUCAAGUCCCUACACAUUUUACAUUACAGAGAACAAUAGUCCAGGAGCCUCUAUAUUUUCAGUAAAAGCGAUUGAUCAGGAUGAUGGUGAUAAUGCGCUUAUUUCAUAUUAUAUUUUAAGGGAUAAUGGAAAAAAUAAUAAACUGACGUCGUUUCUCAACAUAAACGCUGAAAAUGGAAUUGUUGUAGCGCUGAAAAGUUUUGACUUUGAAACGCUGAAGACGUUCCAGUUCCAAGUUGUGGCCUCAGAUUCUGGGACUCCGUCCCUGAGCAGCAACGUGACAGUGAACGUGUUCAUCCUGGACCAGAACGACAACGCUCCAGUCAUCCUGUAUCCAGUCAGCUCCAACGGUUCUGCUGAAGGUGUGGAGGAGAUUCCCCGCAAUGUGAACGCAGGACACUUGGUGACCAAAGUCAGAGCCUAUGACGCUGAUAUAGGAUAUAACGGCUGGUUGCUGUUUUCCCUGCAGGAAGUUACUGACCACAGCCUCUUUGGUUUGGACCGCUACACAGGACAGAUCAGAACCCUUCGCUCAUUCACAGAGACAGACGAGGCUGAGCAUAAACUGGUCAUCCUGGUCAAAGACAACGGCAACGUUUCCCUCUCAGCAACAGCUACUGUGAUUGUCAAGCUGGUGGAGCCCAAAGAGGCUUUUGCAGCUUCUGAUGUUAAAAGUGCAGCAAAGGAUGAUGAGGAUACUAAUGUGACUUUUUACCUGAUGAUCACUCUGGGCUCAGUUUCAGUUCUGUUCAUCAUCAGCAUCAUCGUGCUGAUUGCAAUGCAGUGCUCCAAAUCCCCAGACUAUACUUCUAAAUAUCUCCAAGAGACUAAUUAUGAUGGGACCCUGUGUCACAGCAUCCAGUACAGAUCUGGAGACAAACGAUACAUGUUGGUUGGACCCAGGAUGAGCAUAGGAUCUACUAUAGUACCUGGAAGUCAUGCAAACACACUAGUGCUCCCUGACAGGAGGAGGACUUCUGAGGAGGUAAGCUAUAACAUAUUUUUAGAAUUUUGCUUAAAAGUAUCUGGAAGAUAGAAUUGAAUGCAAAUG